AUGAGCAGACCAGAGCUAAUUGCCCCGCCAGAAAUUUACUAUGGAGAUACAGAAGCUAAAAAAUACACCCAAAACACUCGCAACCAACAAAUCCAAGCCGAUAUGACUUAUCGCGCAUUGGAACUUUUGAACUUGCCUCCAGAUCAGCCCGCCUUUCUGCUGGAUAUUGGUUGUGGGUCUGGGCUGUCUGGCGAGAUCCUGGACGAGGAGGGUUACAUCUGGGCGGGCGUGGAUAUUGCUCCCAGCAUGCUUGAGGUGGCACUUGAACGUGAAGUAGAAGGGGACCUGUUUUUACAGGAUAUUGGACAAGGAUUUGGGUUCAGACCGGGUAGUUUUGACGGUGCAAUCAGUAUAUCCGUUCUCCAAUGGCUCCUCAACGCCGAAACCUCCCACCCAACCUCGAGUCCGCCACACCGCCUAACGCGUUUCUUCACCACCCUCUUCUCCGCCCUCCGCAACCCCUCUCGCGCUGUUCUCCAAUUUUACCCCUCCUCUGACGACCAAAUUCAACUCAUCACCUCGAUAGCUCAAAAGGCCGGUUUCGGAGGAGGUAUCGUCGUUGAUUAUCCCAACUCGAAGAAGGCGAAAAAAGUGUUCCUGUGUUUGUUCGUUGGGAGGAGCGAAAACAAUCAACAGGUGCCCAAGGGAUUGGAAGGCGAUGGAUCAGAGGAAGUGGAUGCGAAGGCACAAUUUGAGAGGAGGAGAGAGAGGGAGAGGGCGAGGUCAAAAUCAAAGCGCAAGUCCGUGAAGGAUAGAGAUUGGAUUCUGAAGAAAAAAGAGCUAUACCGAAAACGGGGCAAAGAAAGUGUCCCCAACGACUCAAAGUACACUGGUCGCAAACGGAGAGCAGUGUUUUAG